AUGGGUAGCCAAAUAACAAAAAUAAUUCCCAAUUUAUAUAUCGGUUCCAAUGAAACUGCAAGGGAUGAAACUGAACUUAUCGCCAAAUGUAUUACUCAUAUAUUGGCAGUUCAAUCGGAUGAUGCUGAAAUAAGUAAGCUUUCUAAAUACGAAUAUCUAAAGGCGUAUGUUGGAAAACCGGUCAGUAGAGCUUUAUUCAGAGUUAUCCCUCAAACGAAUGAUUUUAUUCACCACUCGCGGAUGGUAGGCGGGAACGUUCUUGUUUAUAGUGAAUCAGGGACUUCGGCAAAUGUGGCUGUCGUAGCUGCUUACCUCAUGACUUUGUACGAUUUGAAUAGUAAAAUAGCGGUUUCGACCAUUCAAGGUUGUCUUCCUCCGGCACAUCCAACGGAAAAUCUCCAACUUCAGUUGGAUCGAUUUGAUUCCACUAGCCCUGAAGAACUUCGUGGGGAUGCUCCAAUUUCUUCUGAAUCGGAGAGGCAACGUCUUCUUGAAAAAUUUGGUCCGUGGGAAUUCAUUGAGAGAGAUAAACGCGAACUUAAAGAGGCACUGAAUGUUCAUGAUAAUUUCAAGGCCUCUGGUGAUAUAAUCAUAACUUCGGGUGAAAGUCGUCCUAGGCAAAGGUUAAUUAGAUGUCCAUUUUUCAUUGUAGGAAAUAUCGUCGAUCCGCACAUUUCGAAUGGCGUGCUACCCUUGUCUCAACAAGAUUUCGAUGAGCUAGAACAGAUUCCCCUCACUCCAAGUGACUCCGAAAAGAGUCUCUCAGAGGAGGGAGAGGUUCCGGGAUCGAUUCCCGUACCGAAUCGAACUGCAUCUCCAACUAUCUUCUCAAAUGGUAAUUCGAGCUCUACUCGACAAACCUCCAAAUCCCAACUUAUAGAUAACAUAUUUAGCAUGACAGAUGAUAUGCAAAUCCGAAAGAAUGAGGAUGGCGCUACUACACGUAUAUAUCAAAAUUUAUCCUCCACCGCGCCAGUAUUUCAGGACUUUACAAGGAGGUACCUUGAUGAUCGCUCAGGACAUCCAAAAUGA